AUGAUUCACAAUCAAAAUAGAAAUCCAAUCUCUGAUCCAUAUGGUCUUGAAGAUUAGCUUGCUAGGGAAUUAUAAAAGAGAAAAGUAGAGGAAGAAAAAAGAAAGAGAGAAAUUGAAAGGAUAUGUGCUGAAAGUGAAGAAAUCAAAUUGCUAAAAUAAAAAGUACAAACAGCAUAUGUCACCAAAGAGAGAACUCAAUAAUUAGCAGAAUAACAAUUAAGAAGAAUUUAAGACUUGAAAUAAGAGAGUGAAAUAGAAGCAGCCAUUCUUGAAAAACUAAAAAGAGAAUAAGAAGAAGAAAGAGCUAAAGAAAAAUACCGUUUGGGUUAAAGAUUAGAGGGAAAAUAUACUUUAUAAAAGUAGAUGAAAGAACAUGAAUAAUUGAGAGAUGAAGCAAAAGAAUAAUAUAUUUAUGAAAAGGAUCAAGUGAAUAGAGUUAUUCAUUAAUUAAUUGAAGAAGAUAGAAAAUUUUUGGAAGAUUCUGCCAAAAAAAAAAAAAUAGCUUUUUCUGAUAUGCAGGUAGCAUUAAGGGAAAAAGCAGAACUUAUCCAAAGAAUGAAACAAAGAGAAAGGGAUGAAAAUUAAAAAUACUUAGAUUUCAUAAAAGAGAAAGAUAGACAGGCUUAUGAAAUAAAAGUAAAGAAACAAGAAGAAAAUGCAGCUAAAGAUAAAAUCUUCUAAAAAUUGAAGGAAGAGGAAGAGAGAAGAAAGUAAGAGGCAGAAUUGUUAACAGAAUUAAGAUUCUAGCUUUAUUAAGAAUAAUAUGAUGCUUAGAUGAGAUAAAAGGAUAUUGAUGAAGCAAAUAAAAGAGAAUUUUAGAAAAGAGAAAUGCAAUAAGCUGAAUAAGAAGCCAGAAUAAGAAAGUAAAGGCAGAAAGAAGAAGAAUAAUAAUUAGAAAGAGAUUUUAGAGAUCAAAUGAUGAAAAAAUUUGCUGAAGAUGAUAAACUUGAAUAAUUGGGAUAAUAGAAAAGAAGAAUGAAAGAAAUGGAGCAUAAAAAAGAAGUUGAGAGAUUAUGGCAACAAAGAUUACAAUUGUUUUAAAUGGAAAAAUAAAAAGAGAUGGAAUAAUUAGAAAGAUAAAGAAGAGAAGAAGUCUAUAAAUAACAAGUAAUAGAGGAGGAGAAGAAUAAAAUCUUACAGGAACAUUUAUAAUAAGUAGGAGAGUUUAUUCCAAAAGGGUUGUUAUUAAAAUAGGGUGAUACACAAUAUAUUAAGCAAACAUAACCGAAUGGGAGUUAUUAAUCUGGAUUUAGAUUAUGAUAUUAAUAAAUUUAUCUAAUAUAAAAUUCUUAUUUUUA